AUGCUCUACCGAAACAUUGGAGAUGACAGCGUGUGGGCGAAAGCGCAGCUGUCACAGCCAACGAAGGCCCAGCUUGCUGCGAAGGCCGCCGCUAAGGCCGCCGAGGCCGUGAACGCGAGAUCACGAAACCUGGUUUCCGGGAAGCCCAAGUCGGCCCAGGAGAUCUUGGCCAGCUUCCGGAAUAGCUGGAAGGACAAGGUGGCCGAGGAGCCCGAACCAGAGGAGGCGAAGCCAGACCGAGACCGUCCAGACGACCAGGCAGAGGCCAAGGCCAACAAGAAGCCGCAGGAGGAGGCCAAAGCGGCCAAGAAGCCCGAGAAGCAUUCCGACUCCUCGUCGGAGUCCGAAAGAAAGAAGCGCCAAAGGUCGCGUUGGUCGCGCUCCUCGUCAGAGUCUAGCUGA